CUACAGUAUGAUCCUUGAAGCAGCAUGUUCAGAUGAAGGUUGAGCUUGUGUUACCAGCCUAUUGCUCAAGCCUGUGUAAUCUGUUUACUAAUGUCUAGUACAUGAGAAGAGAAAGGUGGUGAAGUGCUGAGUGGGAAAAAUAUUUAUUAAGCCAAGCUUUUUUAAGUAUUUUUAAUUUUCUGAAAACUUGUUUUUGAAUGAGUCAUCCUGUUCCUUUCACAUACAGAUUGCUCAUUUUAUAUUUGGUAAAAUCUUUGUUCAGUGUACAGUGCAAGCACACAAGAUGGUUGUAAUAGUAAGCUGCAGAUGUAGAAAUACUUGAUAAAGUAAACUUUUAAAUCAGCUAAGGUUCCCCUUCUGCUCCCUUUUGAAGUCAGGAGACACCAUACCUUGAUGGAGUUUCUGAAAACAGCAGGAGAGUACUGUCAGUCUCAGCAUAAGUGAAACUUCUGUCAGAACUGUUUUGUAAUUGAUUUUUAACUCCUUGCGAAAAAAGUAUUUUCUCUCAAUGGAAUUUGGUUAAAGCACUGUGAAACUUAAAGCCAAAGAUAUUAAAAAACUGCUAAGUUGUUACGGUCGUCAGUUUAAGGUAAAGUUGUAGUUACAGUGGAUUUUAUUGGUCCAUUUAUAAAUUCUAGAACGCUAUUCUACAUAGGAAAAAAGGAUUUAACUUUCUGUUGUCGUAUAAAGUUUUUGUAAUGAGCAUUAUGAAACGUAAAGGGAUUCGACCAGCACCUUCAGAAAUUUCAUACAAGAACAUGAGAUUCUUGAUACUGGAUCGGCCAUCAGAUUCUACAUUCCCAGAUUUCUUAGAGGUUCUUAAGAAAAACAAUGUUAAAGACCUUGUCAGAGUAUGUGAGGUUACCUACAAAACAGACUUGUUGGAUCAAGAGGGAAUAGUUGUUCAUGAUUGGCAAUUUGAAGAUGGGACUCCUCCUCCAGCAGACAUUGUGGAUGGUUGGUUCAAUCUUCUUCGAACUAGGUUCAGGGAAAAUCCAGAGAGUUGUGUAGCAGUUCAUUGUGUUGCAGGGCUUGGCAGGGCGCCAGUGCUUGUGGCUUUAGCACUAAUUGAAUUGGGAAUGAAGUAUGAAGAUGCUGUGGAGCUUAUUAGACAGAAAAGACGAGGGGCUAUCAACUCCAAACAGCUCACAUAUUUGAAGAAGUACCGUCCGAAAUAUUCCCUCAAAACCAAGAAUAACCAUAAGCAAUGCAACAUACAGUAAAGAGUAUUUUUUUAUCUAAUUUUACUGAAUACUAGAGACUAGAUUGCUUAAAAAAAUACAAAAUUAAACAAAAAAAUUAGAAUCUCAAGCUUCCAUCAUGAGACCUUGUGUUUUGUGUUUGCUAAUGCCACUUUUUCUUAUCUUUAGGAUAAGAUUAAGAAGUGUUGUUUCAUAGAUUUAUUCAUUUAGUUGAAAAUUUUAGCAUUUAGUGAUUCAGAUUGUUUAUAUGUUUGUGUAUGUGCUUUUUUUUUUAGUUUAUUUAGUUUUUUCAUUUUGUUUUUUGUCCCUGCCAAGAUAGAAUUUUAGUGUGACAGUACUUUUUUCUGGUGGUUAAUUGAAGAUCAGGGUUACCUGUGUUAAAGAACAUAUCUUAGUUUUUAAGAUUUGGACAUGAGAUUAAUAAAAGUUUUAAUAAAAUCUUUAACAAAUGUAAAUUACCAUGACCUUACUGCUUACAUUACUUUUCGUUAUCCCUAUUAUGGGAUGUGUGUUCCCAGAGGGUAUUGAGUCUUGUGUAUAUAUAUACAUAUUUUUGCCCAAUUUCAAUUGAAGGGAUAAAUCUUUAGUUUUGUAAUGAAUGAAAUCUUAUCAUUUGUUUUGAAAUUAUAAAUCUUUAAUGAAACAAUUUUUAUUACAAAUGAAAAUUCUAAAACUGAAGUCGUUAUUUCCAUACCUAAUAUAAGAUAAAGAACACAGAAUAACACUAGUAAUUCAAAUUCUAGAGAAGAAAGAGUUAGUUAUGUGUUUAUGGAUGUAAAACUAUUGGUAACCAAGUGUAAUUCCACAAAAAUGUCACAAGGUUCUGCUAGUUAUGAAUUCUAGAUUAGUGUUUGGAAAGGCUCCUGUCCAUUCAUAAGAUACAUUUACUUUGUAAACUGUUUAAAAUGAAAAUUGAAAUUUCUUAAAUAUAUAUUUAAAUUUUUGUGAUUACUUAAAGAAAUUGUAGUCUUUUUUUUUUAAAAACAAAAAUAACUAUUGUAGUGUGUUGUGCUUGUAAUAUGCUCAAAUGUUUAGUAUAAAAUUACUUCAUAUGACUGAAACAUCAAGUAUUCUGCAAUAUGAAUGAGAAAUAGACCAUGGACCUGUAAACUGUAAAUUCUUUAAGACGAAGGUAAGUUUGUGAAUGUUUUAUGAACACCAGAUGAAUUUUGAAUGGAAUAUUUUAACAAAGUUUGACUAUUCUGUGGUAGUAAUACUCAUUUUCAGCAUAUCUGUCAAUCUGAAGUUGUCACAUUUGUUAGUUGUAUAGUUCAAGAAUAAAGACCAUAAUCAUUUAGAACCUGACACUGAAAAUGAAACUUGAAUUUGUGAACAAAAAUGUCUAUUUUAGUGUGUAGCGUGUAUAGAUGUAUAAUGUACUCAGAUUUUAGCAUAAAAUUACUUUAGGUGACAGAAACAUCUAGUGAUGUGUAAUUUGUUUGAAAAUCAGAACAUGGGCCUGUAAACUGUAAAUUAUUUAAUGGGAAGGUAAGUUUGUGAACUUUAUAACCGCAGGUGAAAAUCGAAUGAAACAUUUCAAUGUAUAGGUUGUUUAGUCUGUAGUAGUAAUACUUAUUUUCUGAAUUUCUGUCAAACUGAAAUUGUAUUGCCAUCAUUAGUUGUAUAGUUCAAAAAUAAAACUUAAUUAUUUAGAACCUGGCACUGAAAAGGAAAUCUGAAUUUGUGAAAGAGUGUUUGUUUCAGUUAAAUUUAGCUUAUUUUCCUUUUCCAUUUAAUAAUGGAAGUGACACACUUUGUUGUAGAAAGAUGUGUAUUGCCUAACAUAAAAAAUAAAAUUUGAAUUUUGGUUGAA